CUCUAUCGCAGGACGUUGCUAAAAGUGAUAAGUUUAUUAGAAAAAAUAAUUGACAAUCUUCAAGUCACUGGUUUGAUUUGCAAUUUUGUCUUACUUGGAACAAUGAUCAUGUGAUAAGACCUGGUUAGCCAAUGACUAUGCAACAUAUUUUUGGAUGCAGAAUUUAUCUACCAUCCAUUCCCAAGAAGCGCAAAUCUUUUUAAGACGAUACGAAUCGUCACAUGUAAUUGUGUAAUAUGAGUUUUUCAAAUCAUGAAGGCACUGUAACAAUUCUAAUGACGUAUUACCCAUUAUGGUAAUUCCAGCUAUCUUAAAUGAGUCCGUGCACUGAUCCAAGAUUUUGGCCUGAAAGUUGUGAUGAAGUUGAAAAUAGAAAAAUCAAGGAUGUCGGUGGAGACUUUGUAUACUUGUUUAUUCUGGUGAAACUUGACGUAGCACGAAAAAAAGGGAUUUGUUUCGCACAAUUCUCACGCGAAAGUGACACGAGUUUGGUCGGUGGACGCGUUAAUAUUUUCCAGAGGCCAACAAAGUUUGGGAUACAUUAAACGCCUGGAUACGGAUGAUGAGCAAGAGAUUCCUUUAACAAGGAAUGAAAAGAAGAACAGGAAAUGAGGUGGGAAGAAUGGAAACAGAGGAAGCAUGUGUCCAAGCGAUUUCACUGGCUAACGACAAAUAAGAAAGGCCUUGAAACGUGGUCCAUCGGAGAGAGUGAGCGGAGACUGAAGAGAGACCAAGAGACUAAGAGAGGACACCAAGGAGAAUGUGUUGAAUGCCGAUGUUUCUGUUCCUCAUCAGUAGUCAACCGCAUCUCGCGGUGUUCUAUUCAUCCAGUGAUUGGUGUGGAAGGCUCUUGAAAUUUUCCUGUAUCACGUUAUUCGUAAUUGGAAGGAAAAACGAAGUCGUAACACUGAAAAUUGACACCGGCAUUGAGAACUCCUACGAUAAACGUCAUAUCAUACAAAUAAUUAUUUUGAACGUCAUUAAACCGAUAUGAAAAAUCACAUUUUGCCUAAUUGAUCCUGUCUAGGUAUAUUUUGAAGCUACGCAAAAUUGAGGUCGAAAAAAUUAAAAGUUUUUUUCGUAAAAAACUAGUGAAGUUUAAGUGAAUUUUUGAAAUUGUCUCAUUAAUAAGUGUCAGCGAUACCUUUGCUUUUGUUUGUUUAUGUAAAUAUGGAAUUGUAACGGUGUGAAUGCCCACGGGUUGUUCUGUGGUUCAAGAGCAAGAUAUCGGCCUUGAUCUUGAUCGAGACCAGGUGAGGUUCCGGUAAAUCGUUAAUGAUCCGUGCUAGGAAAGGAAGACUUAAUUCAUUUUCAUGCACAAUUAGAAUACGAAAUUAUGCUCGUGGAUUGAGUAGAUUGAUUAAAAUAUUUUCUUUAUUAAAAUAUAACUUUUUGGAAAAAUGCACUUUUCUCAUGUACAACGUAUAAGGUGCAUUGAUCUUGAAUGAACGUCAAGGUAAGAUCAGAUUACGGUUUUGCACGACUGGAAACGAGAAUCUAGGUUACAGGAAAUUCAUUAAAACGCCUCUGUAUGAUUUCCAGAAGUCGCGAUACUGGGAUAUUUAAUACUUGAGCGUAAUCUGGUGUCAUUGAAUUGAAGUUUUAUGGACUAGCUAUUUUAUAUUAAAUUUUACGUUAAAACUAUUGUAGUAAAGAUAAAAGAGAAAUCGUUUGGAAUGUAUCGGAAUUCAAUGACAUUCAAUUUUCGUUAAUACACGUACCCAUAUCCUUUUUCAAUACCAACGAUAAGAGAAAAAUCCGAUACAUUUCCCGUUUCCAAAGUCGAAAGUUACCAUUCGCUAACUUUCACUAAUAACUAAAAGUAUAGUGGCCGCUCUGCCGCAUGUAGACCACAUUUCAAAUACUAUAAGCACUAAAAGCCGUUCCACUUGUUUCAGUGGCCUGGUUUCACGUCCCACUUUUGUGCAGACCUGUACAACGUCGAUCCACCUCUUCGCCACGGUAGAUAAACCUCACCAGUACAAUCACUGCCAAGAGUUUUCGAAUGUUGGAUAGAAUUUUUCAAAGAUACAAGAAAAAAAAUGAAAAUGCACCAUGCGAACGCAACAAGCGAAAACACACUGAAAUAAAUUCAAAUCAUUGUAACAGCGAAGCUUCACGUCUACGAUGACACUUAUGGAAAUUUCAAGUCCUUCAACACCAAGAUAAUAAAUUUCAUUCCUGGACCAUGAAGAGUUAAAUGACAAUGUCCAGUGGAUUGUCAUUGGCUGAGUACGAGAUGAGUAUCCAGUCAUUCUCCCAGAUCAUCCUACUGAUCUUAGCCUUAUCAACCACGGGGAACACCCGAAGGAACGAUCGCUAUCUAUCAAGUCUAGAUGAUACUAACAACGACAAGAAUUCAGCAAACUCUCUAGGAUCCCAGGGAGAGAUGAGAUUCUUCGACGAGCUUGGACUGAUACCCCAGACCUGCAAGUACAAGGGUACCAAAUUCGACUGCGGACUCAGCAUCAGCUGUGUUCUUGGCGGAGGUCGACCUGUUGACCUUUGCUCCGGAGGAUUAAUUUGGAGUUGCUGCGUGGACGAUGAUGAUAUACCGGAAAAAGUACCGCAGCCAAGUGUAGGUCUGCUACAGAAUGCCACGUUCUCAAUAAAUCUGGCCAAUCAGCGGCCUUACCUGGACGACGAUGUCGCCAUCUACAACGGACUACGUCCUCAGACUAUCUAUCCUCACAAUGCUCAUCGACCUUCGAUCAUAUAUGUCAAUCCCAACAAGCCUAAUGGAUAUUCGCCGAAUCACUCAUCCUGGGACAAUCAUCCUGAGGUCAUCAAUCACGAUCGACCGUUUAUUAAUCGACCGGUAACGGCCGGAUAUGCUCCCGUGGAUUAUCCACAGGACGAAUACGAAGACAACGGCUACCCGGUUUCCGGUGGGAGUCACAGACCGGGAGAGGAUAAUUCAAAUACAUUGGACCAAUCUAAAUAUCGUGGUUGCGGCGAAUUGUACACUAGGAGUAACAGAAUCGUGGGGGGUCACAGUUCAAGCUUUGGCAGUCAUCCGUGGCAGGCUGCAAUCAUAAAGUCAGGAUUCCUGUCGAAGAAACUUUCUUGCGGCGGUGCUUUGCUGAACAACCGAUGGGUCGUAACAGCAGCGCAUUGCGUGGCGACGACGCCUAAUAGUAACUUGAAAGUCAGGCUUGGCGAGUGGGACGUUAGAGAUUCUACAGAGAGAUUACUUCACGAGGAAUACAACAUAGAACGCAAGGAGGUACAUCCGCAAUACUCGCCUACGGAUUUUCGUAAUGACGUCGCUCUAGUGAAGUUAUCGCGAACCGUCGCAUUCAAACAGCAUAUAUUACCGGUUUGUUUACCAGCCAGGAACCUCAAGUUAUCGGGUAGAACCGCUACGGUUGCUGGUUGGGGUAGAACGAGACACGGGCAAAGUUCUGCACCUACCGUUCUCCAGGAAGUGGACGUUGAGGUCAUACCAAAUGAAAGGUGUCAGAGAUGGUUCAGAGCUGCAGGACGAAGAGAAACCAUACACGACGUUUUUCUUUGCGCUGGAUAUAAAGAGGGAGGUCGGGAUUCUUGUCAGGGAGACUCCGGCGGACCACUUACGCUGUCUGUUGAAGGCAGACACGUUCUCAUCGGUUUGGUUUCCUGGGGAAUCGGAUGUGGUCGUGAACAUUUACCUGGUGUCUAUACAAACAUUCAAAAGUUCGUUCCGUGGAUCGAUAAAGUAAUGAGCUAAACGAAGAGAGACGACGGUGCAUUUGUGUUUGACUGAUAUGACGUCGAUUUUUUGAAUGAGAAUACAUGGAAGAAUUUAUACGACGUCGGGUCAAUUAAUCGACGCGCGACAAUGAUUACUCGCAAAGUUACCAAAGUUUACGGGAGUUUAUUGAAGCUUGCUUUUUCCUUUUUCGCCGACCUGAAGACAUUACAGAGAGCUUCGAUGACUCCGACACUAAUUGAAUAUCUAAU